AUGCUCCGCGACGCUUACUAUGGGAAUUGGAAUACGAAUGCGGCGGCUCUUCUCCAGGAGCAGCGGAUUCCACCGGUUGUUCCUCCGCUUGAGCAGCAGCAAGAUACUAUUUCAAUCGACGAUGACGAAAUCUUGAGGCCCGAAUCCGAUUCCGACGAAUCCCCCGGGGCGCCUCUCCAUUGCGGCGGGCGGAUCGAGGCGUUCGCUCGCAGCGGGUUCUCUCCGCUGGCAGACGACACCGUCCACCACUCCACCAUCAAGAAGUGCUUCCUCGACGGUCUAGGGCAGGCACGCGCCGCCGGAGUCAGGGUCACGGCGGUUCACAGGAACUCCCUCUCCGUGCCGAAUGCCAAGGCGCGCUUCUUCUCGUUCCGGGUCCACGAGAAGGCGGUGGCGGAGAGGCGUGGCGGCGGCGGCGGCGGUCACUCGAACGCUCGGUACGCUUGGUACGGCGGCUCCAGGGACGAGAUUCGCCAGAUUUUGAACUUCGGCUUCAGUCGGUGCAGCGGCGGUGGCGGCCUAACGCACGGUGUCGGCGUCCAUCUUUCCGCAAUUUCAUUUCCCACGGGCUGCUUGGAAUCCGCGACCGCUGACCGGGAUGGGACGAAGCACUUGCUUCUCUGCCGCGUUUUGCUAGGGAAAGUGGAGGCGGUGCCUGCUGGCUCCAGCCAAUCAGCUCCCAGCUCCGUUGAAUACGACACUGGUGUUGACAUUUGA